UUGUUUACAUUCCAAUUUUGACAGUGACGUAAACUUUAUAAUUUAUUAAAUUUUCCUUUUUUAUAAUUUCAAAUUAGCCAAUAAACACUUAAUAAAAAUGUUAACUAAAUUAUUUAAAAUCAUAAUUUCUCUUACUAGUUUCGUUAUUGCUGCCUAUUCAAUUUUGGAGCUAACCUAUUUUCUGUCGGUGCCUAAAACGCUGAUUAAAAAAUCGGACUCAUGGGUGGAUACAUCACAGAAUAUGUUGGUUAAUAUGGUCCUGCUAAGCAUAUUUAUCCUACAACAUUCAGCAAUGGCUUCACAAAAGUACAAAAACUUUGUGAAGAGUCGAGUGGUGGAUGAUAUAAGUAGAAGCUUCUAUGUUACUGCUACAGCAGCUACCCUUUUGCUUAUAAUAAAAAAUUGGCAACCAACAUUAAAUCUGAUCAUUUGGAACUUUGACCUCAGUUAUAAGCCAUUAUGGUUGCUCUAUAUCUCCAUACACACUGGCACCUGGAUGAUCAUUUAUGUUGCAAAUAUAUGCACAGAUAUUCCAGAACUUGUUGGUUUAAAACAGGUUUACUAUAGUUUAAUAAAUCAACCAGACCCAAUGAAAAGAAAAUCAUUGCAGUUGCAAAGACUGACUUCCCACAUGAGACAUCCAAGUUUCUUAGGUUUUUUGUUGAUUUUCUGGUUCUUCCCUGUUAUGACACUGGACCGGAUGCUUCUAGCCACCAUUUUAUCUUGCUAUAUGUAUAUAGCAUGGAAUACUGAUGGUGAGGAUUACACCUAUCAAAAGUAUAUGUUUGAUAGGAAGUAUCUUGAGCUAUUAAGGCUUGAUAAGGCCCGCUAGUAUAAAUAUGAAUCUCCUAAAGUACAAAUGACAAAUUUCUAGUAUUAUUUUUGACUUAACAAGGACUGUUUAUUUUGCCUGCAAAUAGUAAAUUAUUUAAUAAUAUUUUUGUUAGUUUCUUACUUAUUAUUGGUUGUUCAGUGCAAUUAUAACUUUAUUGUGAUAAGAUUAAUAUAAUUUUAUGUGUAACUUUAAUAAUUGUAAAGAACAGAUGAUAUUUUGAAAGAAAUAA